UUCCCCAACUUCCAGUGUCUGGCCAGCUUCUGGUCACUGAUUUUCCUCAGGUGGGCAGGUUUGUGAACAUUAAGAGGUCUGGGUCUUGCAUCCAUUCCCCUCUAUCUCUGGGCAGUUUGGCUGACAAGGGAAGAAAUUUUGGCUGCUGGGCAAAGCCAGGCUGCUGGAAGAGUCAGGGUCCUGUCCGGUUCCUGGGAGGCCUGGAGAACAAGCAGCUGGGACUUGCGGAGAGCGGAAGGAGAAAGCAACCCUUCUGGACCACAGCCCAUGAAAGCGGGGAGAGAACCUUCCCCGUAUCCUCCAUUCUCAGCUUGCCCGACACCUGGAGGCUCUAGCCCAGAGAAGACUCUGCACAGUGAAGGGCUUCUGAACCCAUGGAGAUGCCUACGCCUGGCGUCGAUGGGCAGCAAUGUCAGCAAAUGUCAGCGUGAAAAGAAGUUUUAAAACUACAGAUCCUAAAACCCAACAAGGCAGGCACCUGCAACCCCCACUCCUGUAACAGAGAAAAAGAAAUUCCCACUUUGCAAUUGCAUCUGAUCAUCAGGAAGCUCUAGUUUUGUGGGAAGAGAGUUGCAUCCAACCCUUCUGGAAUCAUUACCCAGAGGCACCCACUGGCUGACAGGGACAGGCUUCCUGGCUGGCAGACGAUGCAGGGGAGUAAGAAGUGCACGGAUGGCUUCAGCGACUCCUCAAGCAUUGGCAGUGUGCUGGAUGAUGCAGACAAGGAGGUGAGCAGCCUCACGGACCGCGCGUUCCGGAGCUUGUGCAUCUCAGAGGACGCAUCCUUCCAUGACUCCGACCUGGCCCUGUCCCCAGAUAUCACCCGCCAGGUGUUCGGGAAUUUUCACCAGGGAACGGUGAGCCACACACACAGGAAAAGCGGCAUCUGGAGUCAGUUGCCAUCCCAAGGUACUGAGCAUGCAGGCUGGGCAGCCACAUUCCAACAGCUGCCCAAGUACGUUCAAGGGGAGGAGAAGUACCCCAAAAGCAGCCCCCCGCUGACACCAGCCCAGAGGAGACUGGAAGUGCCAGUUUCUGGCCUGAGGAGCAGCAACAAGCCUAUUUCCAAAGUGUCGUCUCUGAUCAAAUCUUUCGACAGGACCGAGAGCCAACGCUGCGACAGCAGGCCUCCUGCCAGCAAGCCUCCAGCUCUCAAAAAUCCCCCCAAAUUUGCUCCUCUUCCAGAAAGUGGCGUCAACUUCUGUUUUGAUUCUGCCUUUUUGACCGUCAGGAGGGUGCCUGCCGAAGUCUCCAGCACCCAUCAGACCAGCCACCAGCCUGGCCGGAAGCACGGAGAGCAGGAAGCCCCCAAGAACCCCGAAAUGGCCAGUCACGGCCCCAGCAGCUUCCUCCCAACACCUGAACAUGCAGCCAAUUCAUUCGAGCCAAAGUUCCCCUCUCCUGCCCACAAGGCAGCCACUGGUGAGCCUGGAAGGGGCCAGGAGUGGGCUCGCAAAGGGACCUUUCUCCAUAGUGAGAACAGUGCUUUUGAGUCAUGGAAUGCCCACCAGCCAAGGCUACCCGAGAGGAAGGAUGCUGCUGACGCUGUCCCAGAAAGCAAGGCUCUCAAGCAUUAUGAGGACACGCCCUUGUUAAGAGAGCCCCCGGCCCCUGAGCACAAAACCUCGCCCUGCCAUGUCCGGGCCAACUGCGGUCAGGAAGAGAACAAGAUGGCUGCCGGGACACUGUCCACAUCUGGAACCUGGGUGUCGAGGGAUUUGGGAGCCCAGGUAUUUGCUAUCGAAGAAAAAACUUCCAGCUCACAGCCUGACCCUCCUCCAUUGAAACCGACCCAUGCCCCCUGGAGGAAACCAAAGUCUGGCAGGGGAGGGAAAGACAGUCUACAAGAUGCUUCAGAAGAGAAGAAACAGACCAACUGGAGAGGCCCAGCCUUGUAUACAAAGCACAAUCCCCAGGCGCAGUUUCCAGAACAGGAUGGUCUUGACGUGCCUGUGGAGCCCCACGAGCAUUAUGAUCCUCCUUUCAACAUCAGUAAGCUUCUGACCCCCGUCAUACCCACCAAACAGGUCCUGGAGUCAUCUGAGAGCCAGCCAGCGGAGAUAACCCCUUCACCCCCAGGACAGCUAAAUGGAUACCAAGAGAAGGAGCCCAGUGAAUGUCAGUCCCGAGACAGCUACAAAUCCAAAGCCCCCAGCCUGCUGUUUAACCUCAAAGAUGUGCGGAAGCGUGUAAAAAGCACGUACAGUCCCUCGCCUCUCGUGAAAGGCCUGGAUGAGAAAAUCAGAGACAAGCAAGAAUCCCUGAGCAACGGUGGACUCCUUCCCAACGGGCUCGAGGAAAGCCCUCCGGAUGAGCUCUCUAAGGAGACCCCAGAUGACGGCCCUUCUGUGCCACUCAUCAGUACCCAGAAGGACCCCAAAGCUGACCCUGAUACAGCCUCUGCAGACAACUACCUAACUCCCACCUCACCAUCAACUAUCACCAAAGCCCCCUUCUGUGUAAACGGCGAGGCUGCCAACAGGAACAACUAUGAGAAGGACAAUACCAAUGGAGAAUCAGAGAUGGGUGAAGCCAGGCCUGGCUGGCGUCCAGACUCCAGGCAACGCCGCCGCAGGAAACAUCUGUCCCUGAAGCUUUGCAGUGAAGACCCCGAGGCAGGGAAGGCUGUGGAGACCCCAAAGACCCCCGGCCUAGAGAAUGGAUUCUUGAGAUCCAUCUCUCAAGAGACAGAACCCGAGAGAGAGGCAGGACUUCAGAAUCCAAACUUCAACCCGAAAUUCUCCCCAGGGCCCCUUUCUCCCGAGGAAGAAGAUGUGUUUUAUAGCGACAGCCAGUCUGAUUUUAUGCCAGGCCUUAAAAGUAAGGCCAAAUUCAGCACCAGCUCUUCAGAUCAGUCCUUUGCCUCGUUCGAGGAUCAGCAGAAGACGUGGUUCACGGAGACCCAGCAGGAAGACAGCAGGAACGACAUGAGUGCAGGUGAUGGUCGGAAGGAUGAGCAGGAGAAAGUGAUGGAGGAAGAUGAGCUACAGUACGGUGUCAUGAGUAACGGGAACGUAUGCGUGGAGGAGCACAGCAAGCGGGAAUCCUUGCCAGAAGAAGAAAGUUUGCCGGGAGGUAGCCCCAGGAAGGCGCCAAGGGAGGAAGCUAAUUUCAGAGGCACUGGGACCGGGGGAAGUAAGUCAGAUAAAGCUCUUUCACAUGCCAAAGGCCUUGCACCUUCACCAGCUUCCACUUCAAACAAGCACAUACUCUUCGCAAUUAAAGACAACACCCUGAGGGCCACCCCCGUGAUCAAACCCAUCAUGCUGCCCCUCCUGAGGUCCAUGUCCUCGGAGUCCCCACUGGGCAGUGGCUACAAAGAGGAAGAACUGCCAAGGCCAGGCUGGGGCGGGGAUGCUGGUCCCUGUGCUCCUGAGAGCCAGGAAAUGCCCAGCACGCUGACACCCACCAGUGCACGGGACACACACGUGAAGGGCAUGGCCUGUGAGGGGCUGGAGGGCCAUGAGUGGGAGCCCAGCGCCGCCAGGUCGGAGACCUCCCAGGCAGCCCCAAAGUGGUGUGUUCCAUCUUCUCCGCUCACAGGAGAGGGCCAGGGGCUGAAGCCACCCCAAGAGGCCACACAGAAAGUUAUGGUGAACAAUGGCAAGAGCGGUUCAACAGACCCGGUGAAGCUGGAUGCUCCAAGGUGCAUCCCUACCAUCACUUUGCCGGAAGAUGACCCAGAAGACCAGCUACCCCCACAGCAGCUGGGAACCUUUUGGGAAGAGCAGGUGCAAGGCUUCAACAGUCACUUUUUGUCUGCCCCCAGAGCAGGGCCCCCAGGGAGAAGAUGGGUCACCGGUGAGCUGGCAGGUUCCCCCAAUGCCAGCUCGCUGGAGGAGAGUAGUGCAUGUUCCCCGGCUGCCAGCAACAUUUGGGACGAUGCUUCCCAGGUCCCUAGUGAGCCUGGCCUGCUGCCAGGGGAGCCUCCCCGCAGCAGCCCCUGGGUCAGCCCCAGCCCUGGCAGGGUGGCCCGGAGGGAGGACCUGACACACGCCCUCGCAUGGGAACCUGGCUCUGACCCCCAGCUGGAGCCGUCAGCCGAAGACCUCAGGACGCUUUCUCCGAGAGGCUCUCUGCUGGACGUGGCCACCAGCUCAGCUGGCCUCCUGGAGAAGCCAGAGCCUCCUGCUCAGCUGGAGAGGGCGGCUGGCAAGCCACCUGCUGUCCCACCCAAAACAGAGAAGGCCCUACGGCGGGCGAAGAAGCUGGCAAGCAAGAGGAGAAAGAUCGACCAGCCACAGGAAAAGCAUGGGGAACGCCGGGAAGAAAAGCUGAACCCCGAGGACUCAGAGCAUAGGCCACUGUCCCCCAGAGAGAGGCCCCGUCCCAGGUUCCCUGUGGUCCGCUCCUUGCCCCCUCCCCUGCAUCGCCACUCGGUGUCCGCCUUUUCAGAGCCAGUCCAGAGAAGGCCUGGGGGGUCCCAGUCCCUUACACCCCAGCCCCCUUACCCUGCCACCCAGAAGGUCCUCCAAGACCCCCAGUCUGGAGAGUACUUUGUCUUCGAUCUGCCACUCCAGGUGAAAAUCAAGACCUUCUAUGACCCAGAGACAGGCAAAUACGUCAAGGUCUCCAUCCCAUCCUCUGAGGGGGGUUCCCCUGAGCCAACCCCGCCGGACGCCCUUGCUGCUCCCUACGUGCUGUACCCCGGCUUCCGGCCCCUGCCCGUGACGGCUCUGAUGCCCCUGCGCUGCUCCUCUCAGCUCUCUGCCCCCACCUUCCUAAGGCAGCGCCCUCACACCGCCGAGGCGGCCGGCCUCAGGCCCCAGAGCGUCCACGAUGUGGUCCUGCAGCUGCCCUCUGAGGCUCCUGGCAACCCCACCCCGCCCUCUGCAGGCCAGCGCCCCGAGGGGCCUUCCCAGAGUGCAGGGCAGGAGGGGGGUGAUGCUCCAAGCCUGGGCAUCAUCUCCACCAACGACCUAGAGGACUUUGCCACAGAAGGCAUUUCUUGAGAAUCAUAGUGGGCAAACCCGCCCCUGACCCCACAACAAACCCAGAAAAGCUACUUCCCUCUCCCCCUGAACAAUCACACACACACACAUACACACAUCAACUCAUAUUCAGCCGUUUGAGAUCCCUAAAAUUUGUGAGGAAGCCAGGAUCCUGAGGGGCUCGCCUCCCUGGGAGGGCAGUGCUCUGCUCACAUAAGCAGAAUCCCUUCAGAGCUCCUGGAUCCCGGACCCACUCCUCUUCCUUACUCCUUCCCUCCCUGCCUCCCUGUCCUUCUCCCCUGACCCUGGAACCCAUGUGUGUCCAGCCUGAUUCCUAACAAGCCUUCCCCUCAGCAUCCCACCCACUCCUCCUCAAGGGCCGGCUCACACCCUGAGCACAACUAAGGCCCCCAGAAACGCUGUGCCCCGCUGAGCCCUGGCUGGCAAGCAUACCGCCCAGCACAUCCCCUUCUAGGUCAGGUCACACAGGGGCCACCCCACCCUCGCUCAGACCCAGCAGCCCUUCCGGUUCACCUUAGCGGGUAAACGGCUGAGGAGCAACCCAAGGCAACCUUGCAGAAAUAUUUAUUUGAAUAGAAUGGGUUUUCUUUACUGAUGAAAGUUUCCUCUGAAGGCUAUUUUCUGAUCACCUUGUAAAAAGUGAAACAAGUUUGCAGACGAGG